CCUGCCUUUUAUUUUCUACAGCACCAUUCCCAGGUGCUAGAAUGGAUGUGAAGAACUUUGUCGGGUUUAAGAAGAAAUCGGCCAAGGAGCCGAAGAAGAAGGAGGCGGGCACGCAGAAGCCCGUCGAUAAGUUCUUCCCGAGGGAAGUUGAGCCUUCAUCAGUUGUCCCUGUUGAUGCUGUUGUUGCCACCGCGAAGAGGAAGGCGGCCGACAAAGGCGUUGAGCCCGUCGGCAAGAAGCCAAAAAGGGGGGAUGCCGGGAAGAAGGCUCCCCCGGUUCUGAUAGUGGAUGAGCACUCAACCUCCGAGCCUCCGGUUGUAGUAGCGACGGCUCCUUCCAACCCCCCUCCGACUCAGAUGGGUGAGUUGGGUCUACCCCGGGAGGACAUACAGUUCUCCCUCAUAAAGGGGACUGUCAUAGUGCAUGGCACUGUGGAUCCGAAA